CAAGAAACAUAAAAAAGCCCUCCCCCAUCUCCAUCCCCGGCGGGGCCGCAACCCCCUUCUCAUAUAAUUAGCCAUGCAAUCCCCCAACCACAUUUUCCACACCACCAAAAAUCCCCUCAAAAACAACAACCCUAGAGAUAGACCUCCCACCGCCGCCCGAAGCCACGGCUCCACCACCCAAGCCUGCGCCGCCUGCAAGUACCAACGCCGCAAGUGCGCCUCCGACUGCAUCCUCGCCCCCUACUUCCCCCACGACCGCCAGCUCCAGUUCCUCAACGCCCACCGCCUCUUCGGCGUCAGCAACAUCGUCAAGAUCGCCGGCGGCCUCACCCACCCGGAGAAGGACCACGCCAUGCGCACCAUCAUCUUCCAGUCCGACGCCCGCGCCGCCGAUCCCGUCGGCGGCUGCUACCGCAUCAUACGCGACCUCGAGCGCCAGAUAAGCCUCGCCAAGGCCGAGCUCGACAUCGUCCUCCACCACCUCGCCCUCUGCCGUGCCGCUGCGCCGCCGCCCGACGCCUGGACGGAGCAGUACGCGGCGGUCGAGGAUUUGAGUUCGUGGGGCGCCGGCGACGUCGUGGACGUGCAUGCGCAUGCAGAGUCUACGUCGUCGACGUCCAUGCACAUGCAUGCAAGAAAAUGCUCUUUGGAGGAAAGCAACGACGGUAACAUCAGACCCAUCUUCGAUCAUCUGGUCUGCGACGAUGUCAGAGACGACGAGUUCGAAUUCGACUCCGAUGGGAACAUCAUACCGAGAAACAAUACAAUCUCAAGGGAGGAGAAAGGCGAGAUCAAGGAAGAAGACGAGUGUUUGUCGUACGUUCAAGAUCACCAUGAUUUCAAGGCUGCAGCCACAAUCUUCAGCCUCACAAACUGUGACCUAUGAAAUUCCUAAACAACCAACUAUGUAGUAUAGUUAGCAGCAAAUAUGUACAUAGUUUUUGCUUCUCCCUCUUCAAUUAAAGCAAGGAAAUUCAGAUAUAAUAUGCAGCACCUUUUUCCAAUA